UAAAAGCAUUUAAAAUUUUCCGUACGUGUGCAAGCAGUAUCUACGUGCACCUUUUACGCAAAGUAACCCUUUUUUGAAAACUGUAGGGAUCCACCUUUUACGCAAAGUAGCCAUUUUUUUGACAACUGUUUGGACCCAAAAAAAUUUCAUCUAAUGAUUAAAUUGUCGAAUUUUUCCGGAUAACCAAUCAAAUUAAAGCAUUUCAGCAGGCGGGCGAGUUAAUAUGACCAUAUAUGGAAUGUGGCCCCAGUACUCCUGGCGCGCUAACCCACAUGCUCGCUUCUCCUUCUUCAUCUCUUGGACAACGAGUGCAAGAUUUUUUUCUAUAAAUAUAGGCGAUUUUCAUCUUUUCUAUGCUGUUUAACACAUAAAAGAGCCACAAUUACGUCCGAGGAGCAUAUCGGUGUUUUGUUCGGCGAACCUGCAGUAACGGGAGGCCAUACGGCGACGUUCUUCACACCAGACAGCAAGAUCAGUGGCUUCUGGUUAGAUAAAUUAAAACUGGACUUCUAUUUUGGACGAGAUCUUGAACCAAGCUAGCAUUUUGCUAAGCGAAAACUCUCGGCAGCAGGAUACAAUUGGUAACAUUGAGUCGAAUCAUGAAGAUUCUCACCAACCAGAAUUCCAAAGUUUACAUUUUUGACGAUGGCGUCACUACCAAAGAAGUCAUCAACACUUUGAUGCAAAAUGACACAUGCGAGGAUGAUGCAUUUUAUUGCGUGGAUAUUGGAGAUAUUUUGAAAAAACAUUACAAGUGGAAAAAGCUUCUUCCUCGGAUUGAGCCAUUUUAUGCUAUAAAAUGUAACACAGAUCCAGUCGUUCUUGAGCUUAUGGUCAACCUGGGCAUUGGAUUCGACUGUGCAAGCAAGGUUGAAAUUCAAACCAUGUUGAGUUAUGGUGUUAAACCCCAUCGCAUAGUAUUCGCGAAUCCUUGCAAGCAGUUGACGCACAUGCGUUACGCCGUUGCCAAUGGAAUCAAUCUUAUGACAUUUGAUAACAAGGUGGAGCUGCAAAAAAUCAAAGCUUUCGCCCCGAAUUCGAGAUUGUUGUUACGAAUUCUUACGGAUGAUUCAAAGUCACUGUGUCAGCUUGGCAUAAAAUAUGGCGCAGCCCUCAGUCAAUGUAAAAAUCUACUCGAAGUAGCCAAAGAACUUGACCUGAAUGUUGUUGGUGUCAGUUUUCACGUUGGUAGUGGCUGUUUUGAUGCAACAGCGUUCAAGACUGCUGUUGAAUCUGCCAGGCUGGUGUUUGACUGGGCAGCUGAGAUUGGAUUUGAUUUUUCUCUCCUGGAUGUUGGAGGAGGCUUCCCUGGCUCUGCCAGCAAAGAUAUUUGCUUUGAACAAGUCUGUUCUGUACUGAAUAAGACAUUGGACGAGUGUUUCCCCGUGAGCUCUGGAGUAAGGAUCAUCGCAGAACCUGGUCGUUUCUAUGUCAGUACAGCAUUUACUUUAGUGACAAAUGUGACCUCAAUACGUGAAACAAGUCUAAAGGUUAUUGACACUAAAGGAAAUCAUGAAAACAAAACAACAAGGGGUUUUAUGUACUACAUCAACGAAGGUGUUUACGGCUCGUUCAAUUGCCUCAUCUUUGACCAUUCCACCGUCGACGCUAAGCCGUUACGUGAUCUCCAUGGCAACGAAGAGAAAUACCCAUCGAGCAUUUGGGGCCCGAGUUGCGACUCCAUGGAUUGUGUCACCAAGAACGUAAUGCUGCCAGAAUGCGGGGUUGGUGAUUGGCUUUAUUUCGAAGAGAUGGGAGCCUACACUCUCUCUGCCGCUUCGGGCUUCAACGGGUUUCUUCCGCCAGGCUGUUUUUACUUCAUCUCGCGAAGUGCGAAAUCUGCUUUGGAAGAGAAGCUUCCAGCGUUGCCUACAAUUAACGUAAACGUUGGAAAGAAGAAUGAACAGUAUGCCAUGCCAUUUGAUGCACUCAGUUCUCUGAGCUAUGUCGACAUGUAAUGUUGAAGAAGAAAAAAUUGUUAGUUCGUUUAGUUUAUUUAUAAAAUGCUACACUUGGCAUUCGUCUUCAGUAAUUUUCACGCCAUUGUCACGAGAUGGGUGCUGUCGCGACUCAACAAUGGUAAUAGAUAUCAAUAGACAAUGAUUUCAUAUCUGUAUCUUAGGCCCCGUUUACACUACACUCAAUUUAUUGGUACGGCAUGGCUAAAGGUGCCUAUUCCAUUUGUUUUGGUAGCCUGAACACUAAUAAACACCAAUUUCAGCCGUGCCGUGCCAAUAAGUUGAGUGUAGUGUACUUGCAAUUUGGGCGUAACUUUGGUUUAACCAACGUCCAAAAAUAUAUGUGUCUGAUCUUGUAUAAGCAAUGGUGUUUGUUACAAACACCGCAUAUGCAGCUUGGCUACUUGCGAGGCUAUAAAAAUAAAUAGAAAAGAAUUAUAUUAAAAUAUAUCCAAUAAAGUUGUUUCAGUUUA